GUGAGCGACGGAAGGAAGCAGGAUCCGAGCGGAGUCUUCGGGUCGGCGCUGGAGCCCCCUGGCGGCGCCUCCGGCGCCGCCCCUGCAGACCAUGGUGUGCUCCGCGCGCCAGGGAGGUGGAUUUGGCCUGCCGCCCGGUCGGGGCCCUCUUCCGGUGGCUCGUGCAGCAGGUGUGGCUCGCGCAGGCGCUGCUCCUGCACGGGGAGAGCGCCGAGCGGGAAGGGAGGCAGCUGAGGGACGCAGAGGCCGCCGCCCAGCGGUGCCGCCGCCUGCGCGGGCUGGCGGCCCGCCUCCGCCGCGAGGCCGCGGAGGCGGAGGCCCGCCGCGGGGCGGCCGAGGGCGCCCUGGGCCGGCUGCGCUCCGAGCUGGUGGCCACCGAGGAGGAGGAGAGCGGCAGCUGCGCGAGCAGCGGGCUGGCGGUGUCUUCGCAAGCAGCUCGAGAUAGAGCCAAACCAGCUCGAGAGCCCGAGAGGGCUUGCGGUGAGGCUCUGGCAUCAGCUGCUGCUGCCCUCCGCGCGCUGGCCACGGCUGGACCUCCUUCUGUCACGCUGGCACCGGGCGACAAGACCGAUACCGCUGCGUGGCCCUCGUCUCCGCUUGUUGGGGCCUCCUGGGAGGCCCUCUCGUCUCCGCUCGCCUCGAAAUCUUGGUGUCGGAGGUGGACAGACCUCCUACCCUGA